GGGACAGGACGAACAAUUUCAGUAAAUACACGCAUGGUUUCCUAUACAUAUUUGAAAUUAUUUUCCCAAGAAUGAAGACUUUGGCCUUCAGAUCAAUGAUUCCAUUCAUCUGGUGAGUCGAUGACAUCACACAGGGUGACAACCAAUCACGUCCACAGAUCUCCUCCUCAAAAGUUGCCCUGGCAGAUCCCCAACAGGUCUCAGACUUCCACUCGUCUUCAUCUUCGUCACACACAGCCUCUCUGAUGGGAUUUGGCCAAGAAGACAUGUCUCAUUACCAGGAUCAUGAGAUGAGUGCGGUGCUGAGGGUCUCACACCUUCCUCUCGUUCGCUCGGCGCUGCAGUCGGUCACCUCCGUCUACUCCGAGGUCAAAGAUCGCUACCCUCUCCUGGGCCUGGUUGGAGAAGUGGCCGAGGUCGGCGUCCGCAACGCCUCGAUGGUGGCCAUGAGCAGAGCCACGCCCCUCAUGCAGACCCUGAGACCUCAGAUUGAAGUUGCCAACAGUUUUGCUCUUGUGGGUCUGGACCAGUUGGAGAAGACAUUUCCCUUCCUGAACCAGUCCACAGGCGAGGUGAUGGGUCACUUGAAAGACGCCUUUUUCCUGACACUGGACGAUGUGCAGCUGUGGAUGAUGGACGGAAUGGACGGUGCCCUGGACCAGCUGGAGCGCCUGUCUCACUCUGCCUGGAUGGUAGUGCGACAGCUGCAGGACUCUCAAGUUGGCCGCGCUGCCACGUUUGGCCUGGACGAUGUGCUGAGCCGCAUGGAGAACGCCACCGCCUACUACCUGCCCCUCCCGCCCACCCUGCGUCGCGAGUGGGAGUUGAGAGUCCAGGAGUACGAGGAUGAGGACGACGACGACGAGGAGCCCGGCAUAUGGACUAGGGUCCGAAGUCUCCUGCUGAGUCUCAGUCUGCAGCUGUACCACCGCAUGAUGAAGGUACAAAAGCAGCUGGAGGAAGCUUCCAGAACGCUGGGAGACGCCGCUGACACGGUUGGUCUGGGACGGGUCAUGGAGCUGGUGGGCGAUCUUUUGCAAUACUUGCAAAGACUGCUGGUGGCACUAGUUUACCGUACCGAGAGUCUCAGGGAGCUGACCCUGGGCAGUGUUAAAGGUCAAGCAAUCAUGUUGAUGGAGCUGCGUCCGGUGCGUCAGAUUCGAGAGCUUCCGGUACAGGUCCAGCAUCUCCUUGGGGACCUGCAAGAACUCUCCAAGAUCCUUCUGCAGCUCAUCAUCAAUGCUACGCCACUGUACAACAUGCUUCAACAGCCCUCUGAGAAGGAGGUGGAGGACUUCCUGAACCAGGAGGACCUCCAGUCCGACAGCUCGUCCCGCCGCAACUCCGCCAAUAGCCUCUUCUUGAAGGCCAUGGAUGGACGUCCUCGGCGCCGCAGGAGUCUGUUCUCACGGGCCGUCCGCAGUCCCGGACCGGAUGCCAACACCGGCAGGCGUUCCAGCCUAAAGCAGGACUCGGAGGCGGAAGUCUCCCCUCUUCCGUCUGACGGCGCCGCUAACCGCAGACCCUCUGCCACCGAGCUGCUUCUAACGCCGCUCAAGCAGUUUGUCUCUCAGAGCCAAAAAGCCUUCGAGUACCUGAACCCCAACGCUGCCGAAGAGUGCAGCAACGGCACCGCCGACUGAUUAGCCCACCGCCCCGCUUCUCCCCCGCUCAUCCUCACCUGACGCUGCCUGCAGCCUCUGACACAUUAAGGCUUAAUGUUAUUUUAUUUUAACGUCUCCGCCGCGUUCAGCGCUAGUGAGUGUGUAAACCCUCUCCGACCAAGCCAUCGUCAAACAGGCGAUGGCUUGAUGGACCGCUAACGCAUGCAGACUGAUGCAACGUGACGAGCUAGCAGAUAAGCUAAGAGCUAAGUGUUACGCAAGCUUUGAUGUCCCGCACCAUUGACUGGCUGCUAACAAGCACUCGCACUAGCUUUUUAAACUAGCUCUCCUUGAGGGGGCGUGUCUUAAUGGAAGAUGGAGUUUGUCGUUGAAAUGUUCUCCAAUAAAGCUUUGACUGCC